UCUUUUUCUAACAAUACCUUGGUUUCAUUCAACAGUUAUCGCUAUCUGACUUCAUAGCUGGAAUCCAGGAAAGUAAUCCAUUUUGGGUCAGUCAUAUACCAAAUGAUUCCCAUUUCCUAGAGACCUUCUAGGAGUUUUUGUGUAAUGCUCCCACAAGGAAUUGGAGGCAAAUACAAAAGUCCUUAGUUUGGACAUUAAUGGAAGAUGAAAGGAUACCUGCAAUAGCAUUGUCGUCUGCAACAGAUGGCAAUCAAAACCUGAAGAAGCAGAUGGGAUGCAUUAAUGGAAUUAUUCAACUCUUUGAUCGUCACCACUUUAUCACUGGCCAGCGUGCUAGCAUCCACAACAGCAGAAGGCUACAUCAAGGUCACCAGCAGGGAUACAAUAAUAUGGGAAAAAGUUCAGAGCCUCUGAAGGAGAAACCAAGAAUGUCCACUGAGUCAUCCCGACCAUCCUGUUCAUCAUCUACAUGUUCAACAUCUACAUUCUCAUCAGUUGACUGCAAUAGGAUAGCUCAUUCCGAAACACUUUCUCAGGGACAAAUCAACAUACCUGAAAACAUAUUGCAGACCAUUGCUAAAAAAGAGCGACAGCCUCCAUUGACAAAGACCAUGCAGUCACUUGAUCUUCGAGAUAUAGUGAAGGAUUCAAUGUACAGAGAAGCUCGUGGCAUGUCCAUAAAACACCUGGAUACUGAUGAAAUAAGAGGCACUGCAAUGAAGCACAUUGAUUCUCCGCGGCCCUUGCAGAAGUUCAAAACAGGAAAUCCUAAAGCCAAAGGUUAUGAGAGAUCAACUCAAGCUCUUGUUAAGGACCGGGAGAAGUCUAUGCAAGAGAAACUGGCUCUUCCUUGUUUCUCUUAUGAUGGAAAAGAAUCACGAGAAAAGCUUAAGCAGGACAUGAAGCACAAAGAGUUGACAAGAUUAUCAGUGGAUAGUAAAUCAAGUUCACUGAAGAGUUCAGCCUGCGAAUCAAAAUUAAAUUUUCCUGGUCAGGAUCAGCAUAUGGAAAUCAAGAGCCUCAUCCAACCUCUCCUAUCCAACCAAGAAUCUGUGAGUCAGCAUCGAUCUUCCAGCAUUGUAGCAAGGCUUAUGGGUUUAGAGACACUCCAACAAACAAUUCCCUCAGAAGGGCGAUGGCAGAGCAGACAAAGUCAAGAUACUUACUCCCCUUGUGGCCAUUCUGGCACAUCUUCAACAAGAUUGCCUAAUGCCAAUAAUGAGAGGAAAUUGACUGCAUCUUCAAAGUUACCAGUGGAACAAGUACGGAAGCUACAAAAUGUCAGGAAAGGAUCCCAGCCAAUGAGUACACCAAUUACAAAAGCAACAAGUGCCUCACAUCUAUCUUCUUCAGUUUAUGGUGAAAUUGAGAAGUGCAUAAAAGAGCUUCAAUUCAAACAGCCAGGUACAGAUCUCCGGGCUCUACAACAGAUACUUGAAGCAAUAGAUAAAAAAGGAGAAAAGUUGGAUAACCAAAGAGGAGAAUACACAGGAUUUAAAUGUAGUUUGGAGGACAAUCACUCUGGUCAGAACUCAAAUUUUUUGAUGGAGGAAAAUGUACAGAGUUGUCAUAAAGUAUCUACCAUCAACAGCCCUUGUAUGCCAAGGCAAUCAGAUUCUUCAAAUCUGACCAUGAAGUAUAAAGACAAUCUUGCUACACAGACCCCAAUGAUGGAACCGCAAAGACGCCGAACUCCGGAACCAAUAUAUCGCAGGAAAAUUUCAGCUCACAAACCAGAAGCAAAAUAUUGCUCAGCAAAGAGCAAUAAUGUGAAAGACCCCAGUGGGCAUCUCCCUUUGCCUCAUAAGAAGACUGAUUGGAGAACUUUAGAAGCAAAAAAGACCUUGGCAGGACCCCAUUGCGUGACCCUGGAAACUACCAUCAAUUCUGGAAGGAGUUUUGGGCUGGCAAGUGCAAUAUUACAGCAUAAUCCAUCUGGGAUAGAAGAAGAAAACUAUCCAACCAUUCUGUUGUUGGAUUCACAUAGGGUCAGAAGGCCAUCCAGUAAAAAACUCGCUGUGGAAGGUGCCAAAAACAGAAACCACAGAGGGAAAGCAAAGGCUUUGCAGUCAAAUGCUGACCAUUUGAGUGAACUUAGCAGCUUUACCAGAGGCUCAAGUGACCAAGGAGACAUAGCUUCCGUGAAAUUAAAAGGCAACAGCAGCCAACUCUCACAGGCAGAAGCGGCAGUCACUGGCCUGGUCACCUCGAGCUUUUCACAUGUUAAACUAAAAGAGAAAUCCGCAUCCAUAAGAAGAAAUAACAUAUGUGCAGUUGAAAAUGGGGCAACCUUGUUGGAACAACCAAGUCCCAGCUCAGUUCUUGAUGAUACAUUUUAUAAUGAAGAUUUACCAUCUCCAGCAAAAAGGAUAUCAAUAGGUUCUCAAGAUGAGAGUUCAAGUCCUGGUGAAGCAGAAUGGACCCUGAAGAACUCCAAACUUUCAGCAGCAUGCAGAAGAUCUUAUCACAAUUGCAAGUACAAUCAGAAGAUAGAGAAGAUGAAACCUGCAGAUCGUGAGCUUAGUUUCUUGCACAUGGAACCUGAUAUUAUUGCGACAAAUGACAAUGGAUUAACAUGUGGAAAAUGCAAUCCAGAACACAGAUAUAUCACUAAGAUACUACUGACACCAGGACUUCUUAAAGAAUCAGCAUUCUUCUCAACCACUGAUCAUCUCCUUCCCUCAUGCCAUUUGAUAAAUCCUGAUAUCUUCCAUGCUCUUGAACAGAUGGGUUUGAUGAAUGAUAACAUGCAGCUAAAUAAGAAAGUGCAAACAAGGAUCAUUUCUGAUAUAGUAGAUGAAGUACUGGUGAGAAAAAUCCAUUCAGGUAAAUAUACUAUGGGAGAACAUAGUAAAAGUCCAGAGAUGCUGUUGAAAGAAGUAUAUUUGGAGAUAGACCAUCUGUGCAGCAUACCAGUUUGCAAUCCUGACAGUGCAAAAAAGGCCGUGGCAAGACUCUUAAAUGGUGAUAUCCUUUAUCAGUUUGAUGAUUGGGCAGACUGCAGUAGUGAGUUUCCAGCUUUGGUGUUGGAUAUUGAACGCCAAAUCUUUAAGGAUCUGAUCAAUGAAGUAAUAGCAGGUGAAGCUAUUAGGGUCUGUGAUCGACCAAAGAAGCAUUGCAGACAACUAUUUAGCUAGUAGUACUUCCAUUUUCCUGCCUGUUAGUAUGUAUGCUUGUCCCCCCUUACUGAGCAUAAAGUAAAUUUGUUCUUAAAAUUAAGAGUACAGAAGUCCAAACCUGCUUAA